CGACAGAAGCCAAUCAGGGUCACCUUUGUCCCCAGUUAGAAGUCUCUGCGGACUCACCAGGACUCACAGACUCCCCAGACCCUGAGGAUGCUGCUCACGGGGCCCCCAACCCUCCUGCUGCUCUGGGGGGCCCUGGCCCUGACCCAGACCUGGGCGGGCCCCCACUCCCUGAGAUGGUUCUUCACCGCCGUGUCCCGGCCCGGCCGCGGGGAGGCCCGGUACCUGGAUGUCAGCUACGUGGACGACACGCGGUUCGAGCGGUUCGACAGCGACUCCGAGAGUCAGAGGUCGGAGCCUCGGGCGCCGUGGGUGGGGCAGGUGGAGCCGGGCUAUUGGGACCUGAGCACGCGGAACGCCAAGGCCACCGCACAGACUUUCCGACUGAACCUGCAGACCCUGCGCGGCUACUACAACCAGAGCCAGGACGGGUCUCACACGCUCCAGGAGAUGCGGGGCUGUGACAUGGGACCGGACGGCCGCCUCCUACGCGGUUAUGACCAGUUCGCUUACGAUGGCACCGACUACCUCGCCCUGAACGAGGACCUGCGCUCCUGGACCGCGGCCGACACCGCAGCUCAGAUCACCCGGCGGAAGUGGGAGGCAGCCGGUGAGGCUGAGCGAGUCAGGAACAUCCUGGAGGGCAGGUGCCUGGAGUUUCUCCACAGAGUCCUGGCGAUAGGGAAGGAGGUGCUGCAGCGCGCAGACCCUCCAAAGACACACGUGACCCACCACCCCAUCUCUGACCGUGAGGUCACCCUGAGGUGCUGGGCCCGGGGCUUCUACCCUGCGGACAUCAGCCUGAGCUGGCAGCGUGAUGGGGAGGAGCAGACCCAGGACACGGAGUUUGUGGAGACCAGGCCUGCGGGGGAUGGGACCUUCCAGAAGUGGGCGGCCCUGGUGGUGCCCCCUGGAGAGGAGCAGAGAUACACGUGCCAUGUGCAGCACGAGGGGCUGCCCGAGCCCCUGACCCUGAGAUGGGAGCCGUCUCCUUGGGCCACCAUCCCCCCUGUGGGCCUGGUUGUGGGCCUGGUCAUCCUUGGAGCUGUGGUCACUGGAGCUGUGGCUGGAGCUGUGAUGUGGAGGAGGAAGCGCUCAGGUGGAAAAGGAGGGAGCUAUGCCCAGGCUGCCAUCUCCUCUCCUGGGGGCUCUGACCCCGUCCUGUUUUGUUCUACCCCAGGCAGCGAUAGUGCCCAGGGCUCUGAUGUAUCUCUCACGGCUUCUAAAGCCUGAGGCACUUGUCGGGGACUGAGUGAUGGGAGAUUUGUUCACGCUCCCACUUUGUGAUUCAAGAACUUCUGAUUUCUUCCUGCAAAUGGCAUCUGAAUGUGUGUGUUCCUAUCAGCAUAACGUGAGGAGGUGGGAGGCUGGCACACCCCUGCCCACCACAUCCCCUCCCCAGCCUUUCCUGUCAUAUAGAGGUGCGGCUGGCCGUCCCCAUUCGUUUUUACUUCCUGGUGCGUUCAGCUACAGCUUCUUACUGCCUGAUUGAAAUAAGAGUCUGGAUAUACACUCUUCUUCACUUCUUGCCAUGAAGGGGUGAUGGGUUCCUUAAAGGAGAACAGCCCGGCUGGUGUGCCUCAGUGGCUGAGUGCCCACCCAGGAACCAGGAAGUCAUGGUUGGAUUCCCUUUCAGGGCAUAUGCCCAGAUUUCAGCUCAGUUCUCACCAGGGUCAUGCAAGUGACAGCCAAUGGAUGAUUCUCUCUCAUCAUUGAUGUUUCAAUCUGCCUCUCCCUCCUCUUUUCUCUCUCUCUCUGAAAAUCAAGAAAAGAUACUUUUUAAAAAAAAUUAAAGGAGACGUUCCUAAAUUUUGAGAAAUAAAUGAAAGCACUGUGAACUUUUCAGAUCCUGUGUGUUUGCUGUGCUGAGGCUGUUGCAGGGGGCACAGGAGAGGCUGUGAGGACCGAGUAUGGUCAGGGCUGUGCCCAGUUUGUUCCCUGGUCUCUCUUCAGCUGGGUCACCUCUCUGCUCCUUUGUCCUUCUCCCUUCAGUAGAACCUUGUUCCCCCAGGACUUUCCAUCACAGGGACUCAAACCUCCCCAGGCCUUGUAACUUGUCCUAAUGAGGAACAUCUCCAAACCCGUGGGCAGCAAGGCCUUCCUGUGUCCGGGUCAGCCUAGGCUCAGGCCUGGGUCCUGUCCUCAGCCCUCAUCUUCUGGGACUUUAUUUGUUGUUUCCUUGUUUGUGUAGAGCAGUGGUUCUUCUGACCCUUUAAAUACAGUUCCUCAUGUUGUGACCCCACCAUAAAAUUACUUUCGUUGCUA